GAGAACCGGAAUGACAAUGACCCUAAUCUGUUUGAGGGUGACAUGCGCCUUACCCCUGAACAACGAUACAAUGCAGAGCAUGGAAAAGAUGUCGACAGUCCUGGCCGGAAAAGAGGUUCAAGUAAAAUUUAUGGAAAGUGGCCAAGUGGAAUCAUUGUCUAUGCGAUCGACCCAACUCUUGGUAAGCUUUCUAUGACGGUAAAGAUCGAACGUUUAUCGACAGUUUUGGGUCAAAAUUAUGCCGCCUCAGCUAUAUAAUCGUCCCACCGUCCAGAUAAUCGUCCCACAAAAAUGCUACCAAAUAAUUUUCAGAAAAGGGCGAGAUUUUUUUCAGUUAAGAUAAUUCCCAGGAUCAAGCAGAUUUUGUUUAGUUUUUACAUUUACUCGCUGCAGUACGUAGCGUUAGCGAAGAAAUUAGCUCUACAUGGCAGAGUUAAAGCUUCAAAAAGAACAAAAAAUAACUUCCGAGCACGAUAAUUCAAGUUACAAUCAGAAGAAAUAUGCUCGGAAAAACUGGCCUCAAAAAAAAAAGAGGCACCUUUAAUCUUUUUCAGUCUUUGUACAUCCGUACCUUCUCUUGAAAUUGUUGCGUAAGAGAAAUGUUCCUUUACUAAAUUAAGCGAUCGCGAGAUUUUCGUCUUUUACUGGCCAGACCACAAAUGGCUGGAUUUGACUACAUUUCGUCCGGCACGCUGACGUCACAGUGAGGAUCAUUGUUGUGGUUAUUUAACGCUUCCUUUAACUCUCUAGCAAGAAAUUCCAGAGCAAUGAAGGUCAUAAGAGAUGGCAUGAAUGAAUGGGUCACGAAAACGUGCAUCCGUUUCAAACAAAGAAGAAGUGAAUCAAGUUACGUCUACUUCAAACUUGGUAGAGGGUAAGAAGAAUCUUUUGUUGCAAGUGUGAUCUCACAGUUCUACCUAACCAUCCAAUGUUCAAGCAAAUUUAUCCCAAACGGCGGUAAAUAGUGAUAGGGAAGGGUAGAAAUUCUUAUAAACAUGAGAAGUGCAUGAUUACCACCAGUGCCGCCCUAUAUGUGUAUCAGGAAAAAAUCAACUACUUUGGAGCCCAGUGGUUUUUUCUUUGUAUUGUUUUAACACUUCUCUGAGCCUGUUGUUCCUUAGUGAUGAAAGUGGAUAAAGGUCUUAUCUAUUUAUUUAUUUAUGUUUUAUUCAUUCAUUGUUUUAAUGUUUUGAAAUGGAGAUGUAAGGCUGACCAUGCCUUUUCAACUCCUAAAUUAACAAAAAGAGAGAGAGAGAGAAAUAUAAAGGUCAGAAGAAUUACUCUCCCAUAUAGGCCCUAUACCGAUCGUAAUCCCUCUAAAGAUAUAGAUCUUCUCCGACAUCCGUUGUUCCCAGGAGGGUUGAGUGAGGGUUGAGCCAAUCAUGUGUCCUUAAUUUUACCAAUGUUGACAGCUUGGCAUUGGGCAUUGGCUCACGCUAUGCGUCGCGACGUCCGCAAAACGAUUGUUAAUUUGGCAGCAGACGUAAGUUUAGUUAAGAAAACUGCAGUCAUAGGAAAGCUGAAUGAACCGAGUAUACGUUUAUUGGACGAAUAAGACUUUCAUUUCAUUUUCAUUUUCAUUUUAUUUGUUUCUCCAAACCAUGGCAGAUGAUAAUACAGAAUUAGAUAUAAGGUGAAAAAGUAGGUAACAAACAAAAAUUACAAUGAAAGAAAACGUACAAUCAGAUACGAAAUUAAAGCUCUUAAAUUAAAUCACAUUGUGUAUAGGAAGGAGAGGAGAGGAGCACGUCUAGAUAAACUAAUAUUGUGCCCCUAAAAGUUACGUAAAACAAAAAGCUUGUAAUUUUUAAUAGAAAGGUGAAGGAAAAACUAUAAAAUAGCUCAGCAAAUUAUUACAGAAACGAUGUUUCAUUAGUAUUGAGCAAGGUACUAGCGUAAAAGUGUUUUCCUGAACAUUUUUUAGAUGAUUUGUCUCUGAUUCAUUGCGGAAUACUAUUCCAAAAGAAUCUUCCAAUAACGCUGUGGUAGCAGAAUCUCCCGAGAUAAUAAAUGUUAGCUCGAAAUGGGGGUAUGACUACUUGAUUAGAUGAUGCAGUGCGGGUAUUGUAAUUAUAUAGCUAAGAAUAGUGAAACAGGUAUAUCAGGAAACUUUUUAUGAUGGAAAUAAUCAUAAAAAAGCAUACAUGGGUUCAGUUUAACUAUAUCAGGAAAUUUCAAAAGGCUAGAUACGUAGAUACGUAGUGUGGAGUUAUUGAUCCAUUAAAGGAAUAUCAUUUAUAUAUAAUAAGGACCGCUUUGUUUUGUGAUUUUACGAUUUGAGACUGCAUUAUAAUUAUUCCUUCAUAGUGUACAAGCGUAAGUAACAUAAGGAUAUAUAAGAGAAUAAUACAAACUAAUAAGUGUUGCUUUUGACACAUAAUGCCUUAACUUAACCAUAACCAUAGGUCAUUAAUAAAUAUAAUUUAUAGGAAGGGUCCUGGUAUCGAUCCUUGAGGUACACCAGUGGAGAAGGAACAUGACUCGGAAGCAACACCAUUUAGAUACACCUGCUCCUUCCUGUUACUUAUUAAGUAAAAUUGAACCCAAUUAUUUUCGCUUUAUGGUAAUCCGUGAUAUCUAAUUUUAAUUAAUAAUAUUUUAAUUUGGUGAUUGUGACUUCAAGAAAGUGAGUGUAGUAAGAGCUUUACGACUUAUAAAAGAAAAAGUACAGUCGCACGGACUGUUAAGUUUCAAAUAAUUAAUACCGAAGGAACUACAGGACAUGGAGCUCCAGUCUCACUCAUAUCAAGAAAAACAUGGAUUGACUCAGCGGCUGAGAAUGUUCUCCGUGUAGCUUCGGUUUAAGCUACUAUUUGAAUCUGAAGAUAAUUUACCGUGAGAAUUCAGCAUCCUGCAAACAGUAGACUAAAGAGCGUCUAGCGCCUAUAUCCCAGCGUCAGAACAUGCAGGAAAUCAUCAUCACAUUCACGGACAAAAAGCUACUCGCAUGUAGCUAUUCAGAUACAUACAUUUGGAGAAAACCAAAGAAACGAAAAUCUUUAUUAAAAGGUUAUUUAGCUGCAAUAAAGAUGUCAAAGAAAAUUAGUGCUUAAAACUACUUCGGAGAUCAAAUUAAUCCUGUGUAAACCAAAUGCCGGAAACCAGAAAACAAUAACUAAAUUUAACAGACCAGCUUGAUGACCUCUCAUUGUCAAUGUAUGACUCCACUGAGACUCAUAGUGGCCAAAAGAAUACUCCAUGCACUGCAUAACCUGCCUGCUAGAAAAAAAAAGAAGGAAAACCGUUGUUGUUGUAAAGCAUACUCUAAGGCAGUCACGUUUCACACUAUCACGAGAGUCGUUUUUAGCUUGUCAACACUUUAUUUCAAACUUAAUAUCAUAGGUGACGAAUUACUCCUUAAUUUUGGCGCGAAAUUUCAGCGUUAAUUUGUAAUUUGACAUGUGAAAUUACAAAUUUGCCAUGGCAACCUUCCGUACGUCUCAGUGUCAAGAUGGCGACGAAGUUUUAAAAUGCCGUGAAUGAAGAUGUCAGGGCGCUUUAUUCUGAACUUUAUAAGCCGAAUUUAAGGUACUCCCAUACAUCACCUAUAAGGGUAUGUGCCACCCAACGGGGUCGUGAUUUUGAAGCUCCUGAUUUAGAACGGGGUAUCCAUUUCAGAGGCGUUUCCUAGAUCGGGGUAUAAUAUUUCGAACGCACGAAAGCUCCAGUUUUUUUGCACCCUGUGUUUUAGCGUGCAGGGAGGGCGUAUUUUGGCGCGAGCCUCGAGCGCUGACUCCGCCAUCUUGGAUAAAUAGGCGCGCGGACGUCUGGAACGAGUCCAUAAUGUACCCGACGGGGUAAGAGAAGGAAAAUCGUUAGCUUACGAGCGUGGUUCUGUGCGUGGUGAGAGAUUUUGCGUCAUAAUUAACCGCAUUGUAUCCACAUGCACAGGAAACGUACUCCGGAUGAUUAUGAAGAAGCAUUUAUAAGUCGAACAGAUAAAGAAAUAUCUUUUUACAAAAGCAGGGCUAUUUCAAUUUACAAACGUUCUAGAACGGAGUAUAAAAAAUUGGCCCAUUUCUGGAACGGGGCAUCAGUUUUAGGGCGAAUUCUAGAACGGGGUCUAAAAAAUUGGCCCAUUUCUAGAACUAAGUAUCAGUUUUAGGGGAAAUUUUUUUUAGAACGGGAUGCCAAUUUGGAGUCCCGGGCGGCACAUACCCAGCCAAAAAAUACCCAAGUGCCCCCCUCGGGAGUUCUCGAUCGAUACGAUCCAGGAUAAACAUGUCAAAAAUUCAAGAUUGCUAACGUAAUUCGUCACCCAUGAUAUUAAUAAGUAAUCAAAUGGUAUACUCGUGAAAUUAGGGAAUAAUUUUACGCGCGUUUUGUCCAAAUCCUAAUAAUUUCCCGAGCCUAAAGGUUCACGAGUACACCAUUUGAUUACACAUACUAAUUUCCUUUGACGAUUUUCAUUUUCUCGAUGCAAAUGGCGAGUGAUACGUGCUCAAAUAAAAAAGACCUCUCAAAACACUAUUUCGCAUCAAGAGAGGAUAGACUCCUUGUUUCGCAUUCUUCCAACUCCCGUGGGAUCCCAACAUGUUUUUGCACUUUCGCUCCUCCACGACACGUUCACACAACGCGCGAGGAAAUAUUAUCCGCAGGAAAACUGAAGCGUUCCAAAAAUAACUUUAGAGGGAUUACGAUGGGUAGAGGGCCUAUAUGGGGGAGUAAUUAUCUGACCUUCAUGUGCUCUUUCCGAAAUACCGUAUCAACCAAAAAGCAAGCCACGUUUUCUUUCAAGUUUGUUCAGAAAGAGAUAUGAACAUUGUAUGAACAAGAAAGAGGUCAUUCUAAAGAGCGUUGUCUUCUUCCAAUCAUCAUCAGUCAUAUGAUCAUUAAUGACAAACAUUAAAAAGUAUAGGUGGAUUCGGGCGGCGCUUAUUGAGUAAAUAUGGUAUAUGUAUUCCCGCAUUAGAUGUCGGGCAUAUUACAAGUUGCUCAUUUUAAUCACUCAUUCAUUCAUUCAUUCAUUCAUUCAUUCAUUCAUUCGUUGAUUGAUUCAUUCAUUAACUCCUUCCUUCCUUUCCUCCUUCCUUCCUUCUUUUAUUCAUUCAUUCUUUCUUUCGUUCGUUCUUUCAAUUCUUUGUUUGUUUGGACACUUCUCUGUUGUUUGCACAUGUCUGAAGUUCUUAGGAUAUAUCAAGGGGCACCAACGGAUAGCAAACAACAACAACAACAACAACGUAAUUUCUACACACGAGUCUAGCUACACACAGUAAUCUUACAAAGAAUGAAUAACUCGAAUUGACUCUUAGUUUAUUCCACCACAUGGUUAACUACACUAAUAGCAUGCAACAAGAUAGUCUUUUGCAUGCUCGUCAGCACCCCUUUUUCCUGGCGAGCAUUAGCGAGCCAGCACACUUUGAGAGGGUCGGUGGUGUUACAUAACACCUUAGCGCAGAAAUUCUCGAUUUUCUGGAUGUCAUAUUCGGGGCAUUAGCAAUUUGACUUUUUUAUCAUGUGACGUCACAAUCAAUGAUUUGUUCUACCCAUUCCACCCUGCCGUGUGGCUGGCGGUUCAGAGUUUCAUAAGAGGUGAAAGGUAAGAGUCCUUUUUUCAUGCCAACAAGUUUCUAAAUGUCCGGGGAAGUAUUCAGCAAGGUGACGAUCAGAUUAGGGAUGAAUCUCGAGGACGACGUGAGGUUUUUAAUUAUUUUGUCUUACUUCGUUUAACAAUGGGUGUGUGAAGAAAUUGAUUGCCUCUUGCUUCAUGGAGAUGAUUUGUUCCUUGAAAAUUCCGUCAGAGAAUUACUGCUGAGAGCAAAAAAUGAUGUGUCAAGUUGUUUGUCCAAGACAUAACCACACAUGCAGUUGCGAUCAUUUCCCCCUUCCAAGCACCCCGGUCUUUUUAGUGAGGGAUACAACCCCUGGACUGUUGAACUGACCAAAUUUCUGUGUACUUCUCCUCUAACCCAAUUUCGGCUCUCACGUUUAUGUACUUCACGUUUUGGCGCUAUUCCGUGUCAGCCCUAUUCCUCCAACUUUGGCACGCCAUCUCAAUUAUGUUGAUCUCUUUCACCACAGUCUUAUCCGUUACUACGAGAUCUGGGCGAUUUCGUGCACUCUCUGGGAGAGCUUCAGUUGCUAUUAAAUAGAACAAUCCCACGUUAUUUCCACAUCGUUUGAGAGAUUAAGAGUCAGGUUAAAGUAAACGCCAGAUUAAAGUUGAGAAUUUCUCACAAUAGAAAAUAAGAAGAUAAAAACUGUCCAGAACAAUGCUUAUGGAUAAAACUGGUGUUAAACUACUUAGUUUUGAGUGGAAGUAAUAAACAACAAACGACAAUUAAGAAGAAAAUUUCGUCAUGUGGUACAAAUUCACGUUUGCCUUUUGGCGUAAACGUGAUUCUUAAUCUCUCUUUUAUUGACAUAGAAACUGCGAGGCUCCUGUCUCAGUAGAAGUGGCUUCUCACUCAGUUUAUGGGAUAUGAGUAACUUAAGUAAAAUCCAUUUUAGUGCAUCAUUAUAUCUGUAAAGGCCGGUAUUGUCAGUCUUUGCGCUAGCUCUGGACAACCAGCUCUACUGUUUCGGGAAACUUAUGACAUUUUCUGCAGGUCUUCUCAGUCGCAGAGCCCAUCAUCGCCUCCCGUGCUUUGUUCUAAGGAGUUGCUGAUAUAUUUCGUUCAGUGCGCAGAUUGCGUAGGUUGGGGCCGAUUUCCAUUUAUUGCUCCAAUUAAGGCACCCUGAAAGUUCAGCUGUUUCAUCAUCAAGUCUGUUGGACAGAAUGUUCCUCUGCGAAACCCUCUCUUUGACCUCCAGUUUUGUCUUAUGCGAGGGCCUUUCGGCCAGCAGCUUUUUCGCACUGUUUAGGUCUGAGGCAAUGUAAAUCCGCCCUUCUGUUGUUUCAAAUGAAAGUCUGGGACCAUCUGCUAGCUCUAAGAUCAUCCUCAUGUCCACAGCGCAUUCUUAGUAUCUUUAAGUAUUGAUCUUCUAUCUUUAACCUCCUCAGCUUGUUGGAAUUGCGCAACGGCCUGCAAUUUCGGAUAUUUGGAUGUGGUGAUUCGCAAAGCUGACUUGAUCUUGGGUUUUUAAAUGUUUGUGGGUUCCCUGAGCCCGCGGCCGCCAACUAAACGGGAUGCGUAGAGUAGGGUGUUAAGGUGUGGGAAUGUCUCGCUCCCGUCUUAGUUAAGAGACAUUUGAUUUUCAAUUCAAACUCAUUAAGAUCUUUGUGAGAGAAGUAAAGAGCUGGCAUAAGGAAUGUAUCGGUGGGGCAAAUGUGUUGAUUGCGUUUAUUUUGUUCUGGUCUGACACUCAAAAAGUGGCGUUUCUAAGAAUACACUGACGCGUUGGAUAACUUCUUUUCAGCUUUCUCUAAAACGACCUUCUUUCCCCCUCUCUUCAUUCAUUCACUCUUUGUUUCAUCUAUCCAUCCAUUCAUUCCCUUUUCAUUUAUUCAUCUAUCCAUCCAUUCAUUCACUCACCCACCUACCCAUUCAUUCAUUCAUUCAUUCAUUCAUUCACUCACUCACGCGCGCACGCAAGCACGCACACACGCAUUCACGCACUCACGCACUCAACCACUCACUCACUCAACCACUCAACCACUCACUCUCUCAACCACUCAACCACUCACUCAACCACCCACUCAACCACUCACUCACUCACCCACUCAACCAUUCAACCACUCAACCACUCACUCACUCACUCCCUCACUCAACCACUCACUCAACCACUCAACCAACCACUCAACCACUCAACCACUCACUCACUCACUCACUCACUCACUCACUCACUCACUCACUCUCUCACUCACUCACUCACUCACUCACUCAACCACUCACUCAACCACUCAACCACCCACCCAUUCAUUCAUUCUUUCAUUUUCCAGGUGUUCUUCUUCUGUGGGAAGAACUGGAAAGCGACAAGAUAUUAAUCUUGCUUUCGGGUGCUGGACCAGGGGAAUUGUUGCUCAUGAGAUCGGUAAGUGUCAUCACUUUUAAUAGUCGCAUUAGAUAAAGCCACAUUAACCGAAUAAAGAAAAUAUUGAGUUCAAGAGCGUCAGUCAAAAGAAUGAACAAGCAGAAUGCUUUCCCAUCAUCGUUCAAGGGACUUUUUUUUAUUUAUGAGCCAGGGAGCUUUAUGCAUCAGGGGACGGAAGAGCAACGACUUCAACCAGUUCAGUUGUAGCUUUGAGAAAAAACAUGAAUUUAAAAGGACCAAAUGGCAGAUGCUGGGUUCCAUUUUCAACAAUGGUCAUUUCCCUUGCAAUUUCCUAACUUCCACAUUUUUUGCUUCCUAAGUACGAUUACCUCGAUUUAUACGGGUUUUAAGUAAAAUAGAAUACAUUUAAUCAAUUCAAAUUGGCAGAUCCAAGAGGGCGGAUGGUUCCAGUUCCUUCUUUAAUAGUAAAUAAUGAUGUCAUCAUGACACCAUUGCUAUUGUUAAAGAUUAUUAAUGUGUUAGCCAAGUUUAUGAUUUUGUCAGACAGCUUGCUAUUUGGGUAUUUUUUACUUUAUGGUUACUUUAAGGGGAAAAACUGAUGAAGUUAGGCUUCUGCCAAGAAAUUCAACAAUAUGACGUGAUGAUGACUUCAAAAUACGUCAUUGUGUCAAUCAAGUUAUACCUAGUUGGUUGGAAAUGAUGAGCACAUUAUUUUGUGUAAUUUGGUGGCCGUAUCAUGAGCGGGCGUAAAGUUAUAGAGGGGGUCUCCCCAACCCCUCGGGUCACAGGAAGCUGAAAAAAAAAAGCCGGGUCUGAAUAGGGUUAAAUUGUUAAUUUAGGGGUAGAAAUUUAAUUUCUAAUUAAAAUGGGUUGGGUUCUUGAUGAUUGAUUGAUUGAUUGCCUGGUUAAUUUCUUCGAAGGUCACGCCCUUGGUUUCUUUCACGAACAGUCCCGUCCUGACAGGGAUAACUUUGUGACAAUAGUAUGGGCAAAUAUCCCUUCAAGUAAGUUUAAACAUUUUGAUAACUGGAUCGGAGAUAUCCUAUUUACAUGGAUAAUCAACAAAUUAAACCAAAAGCCUCAUGUUAGCGUAAAAAAGUUUACGUGAGCUUAGUUUCAUCCCAUAAAAUUCUUGACUCAUUUGUAUGACUUCUGUUAGAUAGGAGACAUAACUUUAAGAAGUAUCCAAGGUCUACCAUUGACUCACUUGGAACACCAUACGAUUACGGAAGCUUGAUGCAUUAUGGAAAGAAAGCAUUCAGCAAUAAUGGACAGCCCACUAUUCUGGUUAAGAGAUCAGGGGUA